GGUCAGCACGGCAAACAAAUAUGGCGGUAUAUGUGAAGACGGAAUUAAUGUAUUAAUUUGACAUUGUUCAUGUAAUGCAGUAUGUCCAUUUUUAACAGAAAGUUUCAGAAUAGAUAAUUUCAUCUUUCAAGAUGGACUUGUUGGAUCUACUUAACCUGAAAAAAGAAGAUACUACUUGCUUGAAAAAACUAUUCAGUUUUGUCAACUUGUAAAGAAUAUAUAUAUAUUGGAGAAUUGUUAUAUAAAUACUGUGUUUUGGUUCAUAAUUAACAAUGUCAAGUUCUUUAUCAGAUUCAGUUCUUGAAAAGAAAUUUCAGGGAGCAACUAAUACUCAAGACAGUAUACAGACUUUGUCUUUGUGGCUGUUGCAUCAUAAAGCUCAUCAUCAGAAAAUAGUGAGUUCGUGGAUGAAAGUGUUACAGAAAGCUAAAAUAAAUCAUAGAUUGACUUUAUUCCAUUUGGCAAAUGAUGUUGUCCAAAACAGUAAAAGAAGGGGCUUUACAUCUUUUGUUAACUCCUUUGCUGAGGUUUUAAAAGAAGCUACCUUGCUUGUCAGAGAUGAACACAUCCGCCCAGCUAUUCUUCGAGUCUUUAAUAUAUGGGAGCAGAGAAAUAUAUAUAGUCCUGAAUUCAUUGCCGAUCUUAGGGCAAUUUUAGCUAAUUCAAAAGUUCCUGCCACUGCACCUUCUAAAUUGCUGGCAGAUUUUAAGCCAGAUACAGUUAUCAAAAAAAUUAGACUUGUUUCAUCAUUACAAACGGAAGUUAAUCAAAGGCUGGCAUCUAUAAACUUGAGCAAACUAAAUGCCACCAAUGCUGAGAUAGUUCAAAAUUUAAAAGAUCGAGUACAUGGGCAACAAUUUAAAAGGGACUUUGACAAAAAUGUUGCCCUUUUGGAGGAACUAGUGGAUGCAAUGACAAAGACUGUAGCAGCACAGACUGAAUUAAUUUUGUUAUUAGAACAAAGUGAGAUCUACUAUGAUACUCAAAGAGGAGAAGCUAAAGUAGUAGCUAAUGCCUACAAAAAUUUUGACAACAGAGUUAAAACCUUGCAGAAGAAAUUGGCAGAACUAGCAGCCACAUUUCCAAGUCCAGUACCAUCUCCAUCAGUUGAUGCACCAUCACCUACAACAUCGGAUCAUGAAUUGGAACUCAAUCUUCCGACUGAUAAUAGCAAUACUCCAGGUAAAGAUUUGGAUAACUUGGAUGAUGCUCCUUCUCCUGUGGGUUCUCCAGAAGGCUUAAAUCUUUCCCCUGAACCUAAGAAUGUGGAAUCGGAUUCACAACCUACUAUCCCAAAGAGUGUGGGAAAUCCUAUUCCAACCCUUUCAAAUUUUUUUGGCCAUGAGCAAAGUGGAAUGUCGUCAUGGCUAGAUGCUUUUGCAGCGAAAAAAGAUAAAACUGAUAUCCUACCUGUUAAAACUGAACCAAAGCAAAGUGAUUCUGGGAGCUUAGAUAGCAGGCUAUCUAAUUUGUUGCAGAAUAUUCCCAACCUGCCAUCUGGACUACAAAGCACUCUUUUUGGUGGUUCUACAACAGCUGAAAAUAAUACACCUCUCCGUGAAACAACUGAAUCACCAAUCACAACCAAAAAAGAUAAAGUCAGUGAAUCUCUUAACAGUGGUGCUUUGACACCAGUUAAAGAUGAAUAUAGUGGCCAGAAUACACCUCUUCAGGAUGAGGAUAUGCAUUCAAGCCAUUCAUAUUUCACCAAACUGGCUUCUAGUAACAAAACUCAGAGUCCUAAAGAUAUACUUAAGGGACUUACGAAUUUAAUUCAGUCUGCAAAUGCUGAUAAAGAAGAUUCCCAAAGAAAAGAAAAGUUUUCACCAUUUGUGUCCUCUGAACUUUAUGAUCAAUCUGGUGGUAUGUCCACAUUCAUCAAAAGCAUCAUUCCAUCGAUUUCUCAAUCUUCACAGCAUUUGUCAUCUCCAUCAAGUUAUUUCACCACAUCUCAAUCAGCACUUCCUGCAUCUGUCUCUACUCUUUCCAGUACCUUGACUACAACUGUGAAUUCAUACCAAACUACUACAUUUAAUUCCAUACCAUCAUAUUCAACUCAAUCCACUGUGGAAGAACAGCAAUUAUCUUAUAUUCCCUCACUUGUGCCUUCUACUCCAAUUGAUAAUUUUAAAUUCUCCAACAAAUCUUUUUCGGUUGACGAGUAUAAUCCUGAAUUGGAAACUUAUAACACAGAUAUGGAUCUUGAGGACCCCAUGGAAGAGGACAACAUUGAUGUUCCUUCCCCAGAAAUGGAACCUUUAUCACCUGUGCGUACUGUCUCUAUAGAAAAUGAUGUUCCUCGAGUGACCAUUCCUACUAGGAGAUUGAGCACUUUGAUAACAGUAGUGACUGAUGACACACCCUCACAGGUACUUCCAUCAGAUAAAAAUGCACAAGAAAAUGGCGCUCAAGAAUCCAUGCCCAUUUGGCCUGCAUCUGUAUCUGCACCUAUUGACAGCUCAAAUUCAAUGCUGUCAAUGGAGCCUAUGAAAGAUUCGCCCAAUGAAGAGUUCUUCAUUGGUAAACCUCCAGAAACAAAUGCCCCAUCAUAUUUCUCGACACCACCACCUCCUCCUCCAAAUGGUGAUAAUGUGAGUUAUAUUGAGCCCAUAUCCAGCACCACAGACAGUUCACUUUCAAGGAUAGAGACGGUGCAGUCCCAACGAGAAAACUUGAGUAAUAGGUGGUUUGGCAAUAGUUGGCAUAACAACAGUGUGCAGAACCUUGUGCCAUCAUCUCCAGAGGGCCAAUUCCCUGUUCAUCAUGGUCCACCACCUAGUUUUUUUAAUCAAAACAGAAACUUUUCUCGUCCAAAUUUUCAACCACGUCAGAAUUGGUCACCUAGGUUUAGGCCUAAUAGACCUGAGAUGUUUCAGCAGAAACGUCCUCAAGGAUCUUUUAACCCACGGCCUGGCCAAUAUGGAUCCUCAUCUAAUAAAAGAUUCCCUUUUAGAGGAAGGGGCAGAGGGUGGAAUCAAUCACAGUAUUAGUUUUUCAUGGUAUGACUUUUGUUAGUUAUGUUCUUUCACCACAAAAACUCAUUCAAAACGUUUUGUAGAUUAUUAACUCAUUUCACCUAGCAAACAGCGCUUCAGUGAACAUUUUUAUCGUAAUACACAGUAGUUAUUUUUUAAUGGUGUUAUGAAGUGUUUGCAAAUACAUGCCUUGAAUAAAAGUACAAUCUUUAUUUCAAAAUCUUAUUCAACAAUUGUAAAUAAAUGUUGGGGGAAAAAACUUUUCUGUAGUCUUUUUUUUUUUUUUUUCCUUCCCAUUCCAGUGUUUUUUUGUUUUUUAAUACAUUUUUUUAAAAAUACUGCUUUGUAUGAAGCAUUGCAAAUUUAUUAAAAAGUCCAUUAAGAUGUUUAAAAAGAAGAUGAGUAAGUGGAAAUAUAUCAGAAUUGUAUGUAUUAUUAAUUUUAUGCUUUGAGCAAUAAAAUUCUAUACUUGUUACAGAAUUUGUUUUUCUUUAUUUGUAUUAUGAAAUAGUCAUUUGGAAUCAUGGAAAAAAAUAUCUGUUUACUGGCAAAUAUUUGCUUUUUCAAGUAAGAUUUCUUUUGCUCUCAAAUUUAUUACAUUGAAAUAUUUAUUCUUCUUUCAAAAUUUAUUAUAUUGAAAUAUUUUUGGUUCUUUAAAAGCUUAAAUGCAUUAUAUGUAAUUAUAGGAAAAUUUAUUAUCAUUUUUGAUAAUAAGGAAUUUUUUUUGGAAUACUGAUGUUGGUGCAUUGUAAGCAUUGCAUCUUGAAAUUGAAAUAUUUUAACAAAUUUAUACUGCUCCUAAACAAUGAAUGGGUCUUUUAUGUAAACUUCAGUAACAUAUCCAUCAAUAAAUUAGGACAUAUGAUUCCUCCUCCAUUUACUUUUCUUUUCUAGGUGUUUUUUGGUGAGAUUCAUAUUUUAUCAAAAAAUAGACCGACUGUUUUUAAAUUUCUGUUUUUUAAAUUUGACCAUAGUGAUUUUAGCAUAAUUUAUUGCAUUUCUACUGACAGCUUAGUUAUAUAAAGGAAUUAACAAUAUAAAUCCUCUUAUUGGUAUCACUGAGUUGUGCAUUCCAGUUGCCAGUGUUUUAACUGUUCAGGUAUUUUAUACUCUGCGGUACUAUGUCACUUUGAAUUUGUUAAACAACAGAAUUUUUAAUCUUCCUCGAAACAAAAAGAAAAAAAUGAAAAUGGGAUACUGUUACUCAUAUUAUGACAUAAAUAUAUGCAACCAGAAAAUUUAAUUACUGUUGUAGCUAUAGCUUUUCCUAUUCAGACCCUAAAUAUCCUAAAGUUAACAGAACUAUUACUGCAUCAACUAAAUUUGAAAAGUAGAGUAUGUUUCGGCCUUUCGGAAAUAAACUAUUGCAAGUGUAAUUUUGCUAUUUUUUUAAUAUUGGUUGUAUUAUCCAGAUAAUAUUUUCUAAUGGAUUGCUAUAGAUAAUAAUAAUAAUAAUUCUAAAAAAAAUCACCAUCUAAUGCAUUAUACUUCAGAACUUUAUGGCUCUCUUGUAAAACGUUAGAAUUAUUUCUUACAAUAGUUUGUUUACCUCUGUAAUCGAGAUUUAUGGUUUAGGAUACACUCAAGAAAAGGAUAGUUUAAUGGUGAGAUGAAUGGCACAUUAAAUUGGUGGAUAAUUUAAUGCAUUUUUAUUGAAAGGAAAUAAUAAAUGUUUUAUUUUCUCAUUUAUUUAAAGGGGAGCAGAAAUUAACUGUGUGUAGUUGAACAAAUGUUUAAAUGUGAAUCUGCUUUCAAGUAAAUGCUGUGAGCUGCAUUCCAGAUAUGUACAUUUGCACAUACCCAAAUGUUUUUGAUUUUAAUUGCUGAAAUGGUCAAUUGUAUUGGAUUCAUUAAUGUAUGUAUUUAAUAAAUUAUAUGUUGUGGA